CCCAGCGCAGGCAGAGCGCUGCCGCGUCCCGGGAGUCCACACCCGCCAUGGGGCUCUCCCGGAGCCCGCGACAGCCGCCGCUGAUGAUCCUGCUACUGGUGCUGUCGCUGUGGCUGUCACUUGGAGCAGGAAACUCCCUUGCCACAGAGGACAGGCUUGUGAACAGCUGUACCCAGGCCAGAAAGAAAUGCGAGGCUAACCCCGCUUGCAAGGCUGCCUACCAGCACCUGGGCUCCUGCACCUCCAGUUUAAGCAGGCCGUUGCCCUUAGAGGAGUCUGCCAUGUCCGCAGACUGCCUAGAGGCGGCAGAACAACUCAGGAACAGCUCUCUGAUAGACUGCAGGUGCCACCGGCGCAUGAAGCACCAAGCUACCUGUCUGGACAUUUAUUGGACCGUUCACCCUGCCCGAAGCCUUGGUGACUAUGAGUUGGAUAUCUCACCCUAUGAAGACACAGUGACCAGCAAACCCUGGAAAAUGAAUCUCAGCAAGCUGAACAUGCUCAAACCAGACUCGGAUCUCUGCCUCAAAUUUGCUAUGCUGUGUACUCUUCACGACAAGUGUGACCGCCUGCGCAAGGCCUACGGGGAGGCAUGCUCCGGGGUCCGCUGCCAGCGCCACCUCUGCCUAGCCCAGCUGCGCUCCUUCUUUGAGAAGGCCUCAGAGUCCCACGCUCAGGGUCUGCUGCUGUGUCCCUGCGCACCCGAAGAUGCGGGCUGUGGGGAGCGUCGGCGCAACACCAUCGCCCCCAGUUGCGCCCUGCCUUCUGUGGCCCCCAAUUGCCUGGAUCUGCGGAGCUUCUGCCGUGCGGACCCCCUGUGCAGAUCACGCCUGGUGGACUUCCAGACCCAUUGUCAUCCUAUGGACAUCCUUGGGACUUGUGCAACUGAGCAGUCCAGAUGUCUGCGGGCGUACCUGGGUCUGAUUGGGACUGCCAUGACCCCGAACUUCAUCAGCAAGGUCAACACUACUGUUGCCUUAAGCUGCACCUGCCGAGGCAGCGGUAACCUGCAGGACGAGUGUGAACAGCUAGAAAGGUCCUUCUCGCAGAACCCCUGCCUCGUGGAGGCUAUUGCAGCUAAGAUGCGUUUCCACAGACAACUCUUCUCUCAGGACUGGGCAGACUCUACUUUUUCAGUGGUGCAGCAGCAGAACAGCAACCCUGCUCUGAGGCCGCAGCCCAGGCUACCCAUUCUUUCUUUCUUCAUCCUUCCCUUGAUUCUGCUGCAGACACUCUGGUAGCUGGGCUUCUUCAGGGUCCUUUGUCCUCUCCAUCACACCCAGACUGACUUGCAGCCUGUGGUGGGAGAGAACAUGCCAGCCUGUGGAAGAAGAUGCAGCGUGCUACACAGCAACCCUGAACCAGCCAUGCAUCCCACCGCACAUCCUGUCUG